CACGGUCUGGUUGAGGCCAGGGGGUGGUUGGGUUGUGCCGUCGAUUUUUGCGGUCUGACCUGGAUCCCGACUCGGCGCUGGAUUGUGGAGGCUGUCGCCGGUUGGGGGCUCGAGCGGUAGUCUGUGCUGUGUUCAUCUAUGUCAGAUCCUGCAACAGUCUCCCAACGAUGGAUAACAGGAUAGAAAGUGGCUGUUCCAAGUCCAGAAUGUCUCUGAGGAAAGAGAUGCUGAGCAGUCAACACCAAUUUUCAAUGAAGACCUUGCUACAGAGCACGCAGCAACUGUGUAAUGUUACACUUGGUCAGCAUUGGAAGGGAAAUGACAGCAUUACUGAGGUCACUUUCUUGGGGUUUUCCAGUUCAACUGAAGAUGAAGAUUUGGUUGACAAACAGGCCCUGGCUGCUAUUGAUCCGGAGCUAUCUGGUUUGCUGAAUUCAUUACAGCUCCACAAGCUGAAGAACACUGAAAUCGCUCUUUUGACAGGUUUGAAGAAACACUCCAGGACAAGGGAGAACACUGUUAGCCAGCAUUCCCCAUCUGAAAUGGUCUGUGUAAUGAGGCAUCCACCAGCAUCUCUAAAGUUCACCGACAGCUCUGUAUUCUCUGCACUCAGCAAAUACACCAGAGCAAUUCAGUUUUCACUAGAUGGCCAUUCGGCACUGACCCUUCACACAGAAGAUGACGACACCAAUCAGUCUGUCUCGUCCAUUGAGGAUGAUUUUGUGACUGCUUUUGAGCACUUGGAAGAGGAGGAAGCUGGAACUGAACAUGGAACAGCAGGCUUUGAUCCCAAACACCAGGAUUCAGCUCUACAAGCCUUCACACUAGAUACUGGUGAGACAAUAACUCCUGGAGACACUCCACAAAGACUUGCCUUUGACCAGUCAGCCCUCCCGUUACUUCAGAAUUCACGGUGCUCAAGGCAAUGGUCAUCUGCUAAAAGCUCAGUUACAACGUUAAGCUCAGAUCCUGGGAAGCAAAGAAGCUUUUACAGACAGCGUAAUGCUCCUAUCUUCACAUCCAGUAACAGGCAUAAAUGUGUGCCCUCUGUUUCUCCCUCUGAAUCUGAAGACUCAGGAGGCUCAAGUCCAAGUCCUGUCAUCUUCUUGGAUGAGGAAGGCUACCAGAAAAGUCUGAAAGCCAACCUGGAAUUGCCCCAGAUUCCGAUACUCAAAGAUGACAUUGAGGACUCUGACUCUGAACUGAGUGAAUUCUUUGACAGCUUUGACCAAUUUGACGACCUGAGCGAAAUGUUAGUGGGCACAGCUGUGAACUUGCAGCACGGCUCCGACCCUCAGAAUCCACUGCUGAGGAAUAACUCUACGGCAAAGCUGCCUUCAGACUUCACCCUGCAACAGUGCGCGACUGCCGCUGCUGCUAUGAAUCCACAGAGGUUUGACCAGCCAGUCCUCCCUGCCAAUGUGAAGAAGCCAACUGCUCGCAAGGCAGAAUCGCCCUAUAACAAUCUGUCUGAUGUCCCAGAUUCCCCUCGGCCAAUGAGUACCUCAGGAGAAGAUAGCAGUCCACUCUUCAGCCCUGUUCAUUCUUCAGCCUUCAGCCCCCUUGCUGCUUGUGGGAAUUCUGAGGGCUUUGGCAGAGUUGGGGCCUCUGACACACACAUUUAUCACGUUCUGAACCUAGGAGGGCUUUCCAACACUUCCUCAAAUGAUGUCAGCAAUGUUCCACACUGCAUUAAGGGUUCUGUUUUCAAAUAUCCACAGACCAGUAGCUCUGAGCAGAGAGGAGCAGCUGGAUCCACUCAGGAUAUACACUGGUCAGGUGGAUUUGCAUAUUUGGGAAAGCCGGCUUCCAUUGAAAAUUCCAACAUGAAAGACUGUACACUACCUCAGCAGAAAUGUUCAAACGUGCUUAAAGAUGGUAUUCAACGCAUCGCCACGGAACUUGUGGAGAAAAGUCUUGGUGGUGCCUUUAAGGACUUGCAAAAGGGUGUUACUUCGUGCACGAGUACUCUGUGCCAUCUGGCUGCAAGACUGACCUCCUCUGUGAUUCACAUGGCACUACAGGAGAUUGGGACAAGACAAGCCUUUGCACGGAGGCGGACUGCCAUCAACUGUCUAGCAGAUUAUUUGGUUGGUGAUGCAAUCUCUGGAGCGUUCCAGGAGUUGGAGUUUGUGAAGAAACAGAUCUUCAACAAUGCUGUAGCCCGGUUUGCCACCGACCUGGCUGAGGAGCUGGUUUUUGAGGGAAUCAUGGAGGUUUGUCAGUUCUCCCAUCCACCGACACCUACAUCCAUCACAAGCUGGUCAUUGGAAGAUGAAGCAAAGGUUGUCAGCUGCUAUGCAAGAGAUUUGUCUGAGUCGGUCCUACAGGAAGCCUUCAUUGAACUGUCUCAAGUGGAUGUGACAUUCACACCACAAGCAGCGAUUAGUAUUUCCCUAGAUAAUAUAAAAGAUGUUGGAGGUGAAGAUGUAACCCAGGCACUAAAGAUUGUUAAUGAUACAGUCAACGUUAAAGAGGAAGCACUGCUUAGACAUCCUGAAGGCUGCUACACAGAUGCUGUUGCAGGCAAAGACCUUUUUGUCUUGCACUCACCAGAGGCAGACUACAAGAUAACAAAAGCUUUCCUCUGGGUUUCUGGCAUUCUGAGUUGUGUAUCUGUUCCCAGUGUUGUCAAGACUCUUGCGUGCGAUUUUUCAGAUUCUGCACUGCACUCUUGCUGCCAUCGUAUAUCGUCCAAAGUGAAACUCGAACAAGCUCCAAAGUCUAGUCCUGCUAGGCCAGGUUCAAGGAGCAGAAAAGUGGAUAAAGUGUCACCUGUCAGCUGUGUGCACCAACUGGUAAAUCAAGCAAACAGUGCCAACUGCAGUGGGUAUGUUUUUUGUGACACCAUGAAUCUGUGUAUGGAGCCUUCAGACUGUGAAACCUCAAGGAAAAUUGAAGGCUUAGACACUAAUGAGGCUUCUCCUACAAUAGACAAGAAUUGUCAAACAACAGUGGCGAUGCUUGAUUUUGUGGUCAAUAAUGCUUUUGAUUUAGUGACUGUGCCUAAAGUGGAGUAUGAGGUAGAGGAGUAUGCUUCUCAGUUAAGUAAAAAAAUACUCUUUAAACCUGUCUCUGAAAGUCCACCAGUUUCCCAGAAGCACUUUGCUGCACACUUGGCUGAAGCAAUUGUGAGGAAUUCGGUGAAUGAGGUGAAAACAAAAGCCAUGAUGCCUUAUAAAGAUGGUGGUUCACAGGCUGAUGUUGAAACUAGUCAAGCCCCUGCUGCAAGACUUCAGGAGAUUCCAGAGGGACAGAUGCUGGAUCAGUUUUCAGUCAGGAAACUUAUUUCAGACGGACAGCAUCAGGACGUGUGCUCUCAGUCACCAGAUUUGUUGCGAACCCCUCCUGUGUCACCGAAUGAAUGUAUUCCUGGCAAACAUUUGACUAUCCCUCAGCAUUUUGCACAGGAGCUGAAAGGCCACCUAGCAGAAGAGUUUCCUCCCUGUACUCCACCUCCUAGUCCUACUGUGGGUCUCAAGAAUUUAGGUGUUGAUAGUACAGAAGGUGUCCGUGGUCCUGAGCUGGCAGAUAGCUUAAUGUCAUUGACUGAACAUCUUCAGGGUCAAGCCUUGAUGUCAACUUUCCAGACACACUCAGCAGAUAUAAAUGGGCCAAACCAGGAGCUGAGUUUAGGGUUGCUUGGAAACUCGAGAGCCGGGCUUAAUAAAGAUGGGUUGUUUUCUGAGGAACGUCUUGACCAUGUUGAAGGAAGUGGGUCCCCAGAAACACCACCCCCUACACCACAGCAAUCAUUCCAUGGAAAGAGUCUGAGGAGUUUUAGUCGAAAGCUUAAAGGAGAGUUGGCUAAAGAGUUCAUGCCAGUGACCCCACCUUCUACCCCCCAUAACCAUUCUGCCCCAAGCAUGGCGGUGAUGACCCAGGAUACUGAGCAAAAGGCCGAGUUUGUGCUGAAGCUAAUGAGGUCGCUGUCUGAAGAGGUUCUGGAUAAUGAGGACGAUGACAAUUUUGACUUUGCUGAGAGACACAGUGAGUCAAGGGAGCAGCCCAGUCCGAGGUGGGAAACCAAGGUUUUGGAGAAAGAAGAACUAAAGUUGGAUAUUAAGAGACAUGCCCUGCAUUAUGCCAAUCAGCUAGCAUCCAGUAUAGUGUCCAUGGCAACUGAAAUUGCAGCAAUCUGCGUCGAAGAUGCCAACAAGUGUGAUGCCAGUAAAAUAAGGAGCUUCAGGGUACCCCCCAGCAGCCUGUGGAGGUCGGCAGCCAGAAGUGAGCUACACACCUGGGGCUCCGGUGCUGAAAUUAAAUUUCCCGAAGAAGUUGUGGGGUCCUUGUGGAGCUACGCUGGCAAAGUUGCUGGAGAGGUCAUUCGGGACGCUAAAAAAAUUCUCAGCUCAAAGAAGCAGAAGGUGAGAAAGUUCAGGAAGGAUGUGGGCCAAGCGGAAAGCAGCGAAUCCAGCUAUGGAGAACAAGAGCAUGUUGGAGGUGAAGGAUUGAAUACCUUGGCUGAUCACUGGUCCCAGGAGCUUGUAGAUUCGGUGCAUCACUCACCUUCAGGUAGUGCACCUGGGCUCAUGUCGAAGCAUUCAAGCUGUGAGAGUGUGACUGAUGAGUAUGCAGAAUACAUCAUGAGAAUGAUCAGCAGGGAAGGUGGAAAUGGUGAGGUAAUAGUGGAUCAUUAUGCCAGUAAACUUGCCUUUAGGACAGUGAAAGUUGGCCUGGAACAAGCAGCCAGGAGGAUCAGGCAAAAGUAUAAGAGGAGACUGCUCUCCUGUCAACAGUCAAAAGGUGAGGAUGGGACGAAGGAACUUUUGAAGUUUCUGACGAGGGAGGACGCCCAAGAUGGGGAUCUCUGCAGCAGAGGCCAUGAUCAAAGACUAAGCAGAAAGGACUCCAGAGAUUUGACGAGGUUUGCAGAAUCGGUUGCUCAAACAAUCACUUAUGAAGUCACGCAGAAACUGAAGACUGCGUCUGGCAUACAUGGCUUGCCCAAGUCCCUAACAGAUUCUUGCCUGUACGAAAGGUCCCAACUGGAACAGAUGGCAGAGGGCCUUAUCAAGAAGACAUGGACCUGCUCAAUCAAACCCAUUAUCCAGAGGAACAAACGCUUUCACAGUACAGGGAGUUUAGACAACUACAGUCACAGCAUCGAUAGCACAAAUCGAGCUCUUGAACAUUAUGUGGGGAAAAGUGUGGAUAGUGCAGUCCAGCUAAGUAUGGCUGAGACUGGUGAUGAAGCUCUCGAAAGCAGGAAACAGAGAGAAUGCUUAGCCUAUGCUGAAAAGUUGACAGAAAUGGUUUUAAAAUGCUCUCUAACUGAUAAAGAAUCACGAAGUUACAUUAGUAGGCUAAGCUCCCAGACUACUGCCUUGUGCAGCAAAAAUGCCACCAGAAUGCCAUGGCUCAAUAGUAAAGCACUUAGCAAGGCAGAGCACUCUGUCCACCGCACAGUCGGAGCUUGCCAGCUAGAUGUGCCAAGGAUUCACAUUGAGUUGGAACAGAGAGGACUUUUUCCAGAGGAUUUGAUGUCUGUGGCCAUUGAAAAAGCCAAGCGAGAUCUCAGUAAUACCAGCCUGGCAGCAGAUAGUGGCAUCGGACAGGAGGGGGCAAGUUUCACCGAAAGCCUCGCUGCCGAAAUAAUGACUUCAGCUAUGAUCAGUGCAAGCCAGUCAAUUGUAAGUGCCAGUCUCAAGGAUGGAAUGCGAUCAAGUGAUUCCACCACCAGUCAACAGCUUAGUCUCAGCGUCGGUGAUGACAGUACUGGCAGCUGGUCCAAUCUGAGUUUUGAAGAUGAGCAUCCAGAUGAAACCAGCAGCUUCCUGCACCUCAGUGACAGUAAUGGCAACAGCAGUAGCUGGAGCAGUCUGGGGUUAGAAGGAGAUAUAUAUGAGGAGAAUAUAUCCUUUCCACCAUCAGACAGUGAUAAUAGUGAAGACAGAGAAGAAGAGGUGCAAGAAGAUUCUGAAGGUAUGAUGCAGGUGAAAGAAAUAUUAUCGAUUUUAAAUAUUGACCUUGAACCCUGCAGUCAUGACCCUCAGAUGAGAGCAGUGUUGCAAUGGAUAGCAGCCUCACAGUCUCCAGUGUCUUUGGUGUAUUUCAAGGAAUGUUAUGAAAAUGAACUGUUGCAUUUUCCUGCAGUGGUGAGAAGGGCAGAAGUGAGGAGCUGGAAGGUCUGUGAUCUUCUGCAAGCUGUACUGAGAUACUGCAAUGAUGCGGAGCAACACCCAACUGGAGGUCACUACAUUCGCACUCCUCUCUUUGACUGGCUGCUGGAGAAUACAUAAACCAUUUACCCACAGAGUGCUGCAAGUCUGUCUGUUGAGGGUUGUCAACAGACAGACUUGCACCACCAAGUAUUGCUACGCGUGCAAUGUACUGAGCAGGGAACUGAGCCUGGAGGUUUGUGUUAUUUAUGACAAAGCAUAAUUAGGUCAUUAACACUCUCAUACUGUAAAGAUAGGAAGGACUUUGUUGUGAGGGCAGGAUUUUUGAUCCAAAUUAAUACAAAAAAAUAGACUGGAAAGUUCCUCGAAGCUGCUCCUGCUAUGCCAGUGUCAUUUUGUGCAAAGUAUAUUAAGAAUCUCCAAGCCCAUUUUAACAGAAUAAGCACUGCUCUGAUGAUAUUCCCACCUGUUUUGUGCUAGUUCAAUACUCAGAUCUGAAGCAUUUGUAAUCCCUCUCAUAAGAAUUAAUUGAAGACUUAUCAGUUCCUUGUGGAACAGUUCUGCCUUUCAAAGUUGUUCUUGCCAUUUUUGGGGAAAAAACCUGUUGUUUUGGACCUUUUACGUAACCAUUCCACUGAUGCCAGUCUGCAAUUUUACUGGUACCUAGUUCCAGAGGCUUUUUCACCAGCUGAUUAGAGGGUGAGGAACUGACAGCAAUUGAACUUGCCAGCUCUUUUCUCCCUUGGUGCUACUUUUAUGAUCAUAACUCACUCAGUUGAAUCUGAGGCUUCAUUGGAGCCCAAUGGUCCUGCUCACCAUGGGACAAAGUUUCACUAGCCCUUCACUAGGGACUAAUGGUCUAUUUCACUUUGACCAGGCUUCACUGGACCUUCUGUUCACAAGCAGAUGACACUAUGAUACCUCCUCAAAACUCUAGAAAUUCCAUUUCAAGACUCUACCGAGCUUUAUUAAAGUACAUGUCAAUUUGUACUCGACUAAAUUUUAAUACUCAAGUUUGACUGCAGCACUCAGAGAAUGUGCUGUGGAACUGGAAAAUUGCCUGUAUCUUUGUACCCUGACCACAGAAUAUGCCACCAGCUUCAUAAAAGCAGGGAGAACAGUUUAUCCUUAAAAGAUGGACUGGUGAGGAGUACUUCAUCGUGCAAGUGCUUUCUGUCUGCACUUAGUUUAGUGGUAGAACCUGUUGCUGUUUAUAAACAAAAUUCUGACCAGGAAGAAAUUUGUUUUUGAGUUUGUCAGGACAGCUUAUGGCAUGUGGAGGUAAAUUGCAUUUUACCAGUAUCUACCCAAGAGUGGUCAAAUCUGCUCAUUUACUCAUGUGCUGCAGUCUUUCAUCCAAACCAGAGUUACUGAACCAUCCUUGCAUUACCAGUCAGCUAUGUGCAACAAUCCUGCAAAAUCAAGGGAGAUUUCUCCAGAGAGUGUGCGUAUUUCAAAUUCACAACACUCCCUAUUUCCUAAAGUGGACUGUUACAGAUUUUAAAUUUGAUAUUCUGUUUCCUCCGUUCUGGUUCACUUGUACAGUCAUUCAUUUAAGUAGUGUGCAGCUGACCACUUGCGCAUUUCCCACUUAAAACAUUUUAUUGCAAGACAUUCAAAUAAUCCAGAAUUUGUAGAUGGUAUGCUAAAUAGGGGAGAAUUUCUAGGGCCUAUCUGGCAAUGUCCGAAAGUCAGAUGAUUUCCUUUACGGGCCUGUGCUGUGACCACCCUGCUUGUGAUGUGAACCUCCCCAGGGGCGAUGCCUUUGUGAAAUCACAAAUAGAUACAAAGAAGACAGUAAAAAACACAGGGGCAAUGGAUCCUGACUCUGGAGUUUUACUUAUUAGGUCUAUCAACGGAAAAGAUAUAUCAUUGCAAGAAACCAUAUUUAUCACUAUUGUGUCAGUUGUUAUGUAGGUACCACAUUCCCAUAAACUGAUCCCUUGGAGUAACGAGAUGAUUCUGUACAAAACACAGAGCAUGAUUUGAGUGUUGAAUUGAAAAUCCUACUCAUCGUGGCUGCUGUACAGACUUUAAAAUUGUUUUUCUUCCUAAGACCCCUUGGUGAGAUUGAAGGAACGUUCAGCACUACACAGGGCUGCUCAACUUGUGAUGUUAAGUUGGUUCCAAAAGCAUUACCUUUUCAUGGAAGUUUAAUAUGCAUUCCUCCACUUUAGUCAGUCCAACAUGCACAAACCAACAUGCUUGAUCACAUUGUCAGGUUUACUCACUGAUACCUCAAAUUCACCAUGCACAUUUGUUACAUUUCCAACAAGUUUAAUAUCUGGAUUUGUUACAAUAUUGCCACAACAGUAGUAUCUAUGGCUGUUUUGAAGUUGCCAUGUGCUAACAUAGUGAAUUGCACCAGUUCUCAAACUUCCUUGAACUUACAAUGGGCUGCGUGGAUGGAGCCUUUUGAGUUGCCAAGUGUUUGUUGAUCUUUGUCACACUAACAGAAGCAAAAUUGUGUCGAUUGCAUUUUAUCUAAAUAUAGAAUUGAAAUUCAUAUGAUAUUGCCCAAAAUUCAGUGACCUCAUAAUGCACUUUGAAAUUCCACAGUUCCUGUCUUUGACUUUCCAAUCUGGUCGUCAUAAAAGAACAUGAAUUAGAGCAUUAGGAAUAUGUUUUCCCCACUACUUUGAACUCACCAUAGCACCUUUUUAAAGCAAAGUGAUAACAGCAGGGCCAUCGAACUCAGUGAAAAAUGUAUUCCUGGUAACUUUGUCACUUUAUCUUUGUGUGUUCCUUUGACUCUGCUCCAGAUGUAUUUAGUGAUGCCAUUAAAAUCUAACUUGAUUCUGAUAGUACUUAUUUUGUUACUGUGCAGUGUUAAUUCCAUCGUAGCUCACAUGCUGGGUAAAUAUGAAGUGUGUGAUGUCUGCUGUUUGUAAUCCCUAACUGUCGAUAUGAAUUAUGCCAAAUAUAGAGCAAUGAUGUUCAUUUAACUUAUAGUGAUUUGAUGUGUCAGCUAUUAAUCCAAGUGUACAAUCUGUUCUCAGAUUAUAUGCUGCAAGUUGCACUAUGUUAAUGUUAUUUCUCCAGCAAU